GCCGAUCCAAGGUGAUGGCGGCUCUGGGCUGCAGUGGGCGGGUAGGAGUCUCGCUGCUGCGGCGGGGGCCGCCGCUGGGUUCGGGGCCGCGCCGGCACCGGCACCCGCACAAGGACAAGUGGGCUACCACAGCCCCCCGCAUCCCAUCCACACGGCUGGCCCUGCACCACUUUGACACAAACUACAGCCUGCAGCUGAAGGACCUGUGGCCUUCUGUCCGUGCCAGCCUGCUCUGCGAGCAGAAGUACGGUGCCCUCCUCAACAACUUCACUCCUAUUGACCACAUUGCCCAGGAGCUGGAGCUGCUGAAUGCCACUGACUUUGUUUCUGAAGCCUCCAAAAAAGUGCAGCAGUUGCAGCAGGGUGCAGCUGUGGAGGAAUCGAGGAGAAGGGAAAGCAGGUCCCAGGAGGAGUCUGGUGGGAGCAGGACAGUGGUGCAGUCUGAGACGAUGACACAGGCAGAGUUGUCACCACAACUUCACACCUCCAUCACCUCCAACAUCAAGUGUUACACCUUCCCUAGGGGUGACAUCACACGCUUUCGCCCUGCAUGGCCGGACACGCUUGGGCUCCUCAGCUAUUACCUGAUGGAUGCAGCAUCUGUUCUGCCUGUCCUGGCUCUCAACGUGCAGCCAGAUGACUUUGUCCUCGACCUCUGUGCAGCUCCAGGUGGCAAGACUCUGGCUCUGCUGCAGACUGGGAUUUGUGGUCACUUGGCAGCCAACGAUGUCUCCAUUUCCCGGACAAAGAGGCUGUACCAGGUUCUCUCUAGCUAUGUUCCCAGAGAAAUCAGGGAAACUGUGCGCAUCACAUCCUAUGACGGAAGGGACUGGGGCGAGCUGGAAGGUGGCACUUUCCAUAAGGUGCUGGUGGAUGUGCCCUGCACGACAGACAGACACUCUGUCAUGGAGGGGGAGAACAACAUCUUCCACAAGAGACGAACCAAGGAGCGACAGAUGUUGCCCAUGCUGCAGCUGCAGCUGCUGAUGGCUGGCAUCCUCGCUACCAAGCCAGGAGGAGAGGUGGUGUAUUCUACCUGCUCCCUCUCGCCACUGCAGAAUGAGUUUGUGAUCGAGCGAGCAGUAGACGUUGCAGAGACCCAGUAUAACAUCAAUAUCCAGGUUGAGGACUUGAGCUACUUCAGGACGCUUUUCCAAGACACGUUUUCUUUCUUCUCGGAGUGCCGGCUGGGGGAGCUGGUUCUGCCUCACCUCACAGCCAACUUUGGACCUAUGUAUUUCUGCAAAUUGCGGCGGAUGUAGAUGGGGUGACGGGCUGUGUCUGCUGGCUGUCAGGAAAUACCCCACGUUUCCAGAGAAAGCAAAACUGCUUUGUAUUUAUUUUCCUUUUUAAAAUGUCCCAAAGGAAGUCUGCUUUUUCUACUGCAGACAUAGAGAAUAAAUGAGAAAGGGCUGC